AUGGCAGAGCUAACCCUUCAUUUGGCCAAGAUGCCUCGAAGACCCGCUAGUGAAGACACUUUCACUAGAUCUCUUUUGAGUGCAAUAAAUCCCAACAAUUGCUAUGCUAGGAAUUCAGAUCUCCCGUUACCACACUUGGAGCUAGGAGCGUUACCCAAGGACAACCGCAGGAUUUCAUACCGGGAAAUUGGAAUGCCAGAGGCUCCACAAGUUUACUCUACAGCCAAGACAGAAGUCUUGAGAAGGACCUUGAACGAUAGUUCCAACGUCAAACAUGUAUUUGAAGCACUUUUCAAGCAACUGGACGCUGUUUACAACGCCGAUAGCGCACCGCAGUUUACCAUUGGUAACCUACGAAAGAUGUGUCGCCAAAUCGAGCGUAGUCCAACAUUGAACCUAAAUUUGACUCUUCUAGAGCUUCAAGUUGUUAAACGCAGACUUCGACAUUUGGAACCUAAAAUUUGUACGAAGAGUCAAACGCAUUUGUUCUUGCUAGAUCAGCGGUUUAAGAUUGUGUGUUUGUCCAAGGCAACUUGUGACCACUACAACUCGAUGGCAUUCCUAACAUUUUCAGACCACGAAGCCGCGAAGAAAUUUGCGAGUUCUUUCGAUGGUAAGCUUAUCAUGGGUGGUCGUAAGAUCAAGAUCUCCUUUGCUACUCAGGACUCGCUGGUCGGUGGGUACUUGCUUAGCGGCAAACGGGGCGUCGAUAGACUACUGUCAAGAAAGGCCCAUAAAGAACCAACCUUAGGCCUCAAGACUGGCACCGACAAAAACCAAUCGAAACGUCAAAUGCGAAGACUACGACACAAACUAGCACUCAAAGGCCUAGAUGCUUCUGUCAUUCAAGAGAUGGUCCACAAAGCUGUUCAGGAUCGCAUUUCAUCGUCCGCAGCGAAUACGCCACAAUCGGAACUGAAGACCAAGUCGCCGGAACCACGAGAUAACAAGAAAAAAAGAGCCGUUGCUGAAGUGGCAAUAAACCCACCCAAUAAAGUUCUGCUGGUGCAAAACCUGCCUCCUGGCGCUCAAACAGAUGACAUUUCAUCUAUUUUCGCUGCCGACGGGUUUAUCGAGGUACGGCUUGUUGGCGUGAGAAAUUUGGCCUUUGUCGAGUACGCUAGUGCAUCGCAUGCUUCCAAUGUGGUAAGUAAGCUGGGCUCAUCGUAUAAGUGGGAUGGCUCCACGAUCUCGAUAGGCUUUGCGAAGUAA